AUGAGAGGCUGCACGAUGGAGUUAUCAAAGCAGGGCCAGAAACCCAUGUCAGCUAGCAUGGGAUCUCAAGCACUCCCCUCUUCAAAUAUCCAACCUGCUCAGUCUGGAUAUCCCGCUGUGUUCUAUCCACCCCUAUCUGCUGGCUGGGGUGCACAGCCAAUGUUCUCUACGGGAGCUUCGGUACCUGUCAGUUCAUAUUAUAUUGUCCCUAUGAGUCAACAAGCUGCCCAAGUUGGUGUUUCCAGGCCAGAGACUUCACAUCCUUUGGGGGUGCAAUCUGUAAGCAGAGUAUCACUGAGGCCGCCCCAGCAGGUGCUGAAUAUUCAAACAUCUUUGCCAGCAGUAACUGGAUCACAGCUGUCGCCAUCUGUUGCCGGAAAGAAAAGUGUUGCUUCUCCAAAGGUCCAGAUGAUGAAAUCUGCAUUAUCUGCCAAGCGUCCUGCACAGAAAGAGCUACCAUCAAAGGCUCAGCCUCAGCAGUUUGAAUCCGUGAGAUCAAAGUUCAGGGAGUCACUUUCUGCUGCACUCGUCAUGGAUUCUGACCAGCAGGAUAAGAAACAAUCUGCUCAGAACCUGCAGUCUGAUGGGUCAGCAGACCAGAAGAAGGUGGAGGGAGAUGAAGUGAAGGAUACAGUGAUGACCACAUCCAAGGAUGCGAGUACAACAAAUUCAGAGGCAGACAAUGCUGAUGUUGCUAAGAAAUGCGAGGGAGAUGAGAAGUUAGGCUGUGGCAUAGCAUCAGACAUGAUCACAAGCACAAAUGAUGACAGUGACACACAACAACAACUAAAGCACCUUCCUUCAGAAGAUGAAGUAUUAGACCAAAGUAUGGUUGUCACAGAUGAACUCUUGCAAGGUCAUGGCCUUUGUUGGGUUUCUGAUUUUCCUGCUGGGAUGGCUGAACCUGUGACACAACCUAAUUUGAAGAGGGACAGGGCUUCUGAUAUUGAGCCUGGGGUUACAGGCAAUUUGACAGAGUCUGAAUCAAAAAGAAUAAAGUCUACAGAUGAGGCAGCAACAGAUAAGGGUAGUAUGAUCCAGAAGGCUGAAAGCUUGGCAUUUAGAAUUGAAGAAGAACUCUUUAAACUGUUUGGUGGAGUGAACAAGAAGUACAAGGAGCGAGGCAGAUCUCUUCUGUUUAAUCUAAAAGAUAAAGGCAACCCUGAGUUAAGGUCGAGGGUCAUAUCUGGAGAACUUGCACCCGAUCGCCUUUGUUCAAUGACUGCGGAGGAACUUGCUUCCAAAGAGCUCUCAGAGUGGCGGUUGGCUAAAGCCGAAGAACAUGAAAAAAUGGUUGUCCUUCCUAACACUGAAGUUGAUGUCAGGCGUUUAGUGAGGAAAACACACAAAGGAGAGUUCCAAGUUGAAAUAGAAGAAACUGAUGGUAUUUCAGUGGAGGUUGAGCUUGGGGGUAAUGUUCUAUCUCAUGUUCCAUCAAAAGCUGUUGAAAGUGAAACAAAAACCAAUGAUGAAACAAGUACGGAUGAUAAAACUGGUGUAGAAGUUAAGGACAAGGGUUCUGAUGGCAUGUCACAAGAUGAGGAUGGUGGGACAGGUGACAAUGAUUCAUCAGGCAAUGUUGAAUAUAUUGAAAAUGAGAAAGCAGAUCUUAUUGAUGAACUUAUGGUGGAUGACUUGAAAGACGCAGAGAAUCUUCCACCAAUUCCUUCGCUAGAUGAAUUCAUGCUGGGGUUAGAUUCUGAACCACCUUUUGAAAAUUUAUCAGUUGGGACCCCGCAAAAAGAUCUCAGUGAUUCUGAUGAACCUAGCUCCACCUUAGAUUCCGAGAAACUUCCUGAGACAGAAGAUAAGCAGUCUGCACAAAAGAAGGCCAGAUCUGAAUCAGAUGUGCCGGCUUUACAGGGUAAAUCGGAGUCCAAGUCAGAAUCACCCAAACAGAAGGUUGGUUCAGAGUUGGUUCCUGAUGUGCCACGCGAUGGAGAGAAAAUCAAAUCCUCCCCAGAGAAAGUCGAAUCUAAAGAACCUGCUGCUGCUAGUGCUAAUAUGUCGAAUCCUGUUUCAACUGUGAACCAUAAGACAACUGCUGUUCCUAUGAUUCGUGAGAGUAUAUGGGAGGGUGCGAUUCAGCUUACUCUAUCGUCACUCACGAAUGUUGUUGCCAUUUUCAAAAGUGGUGAAAAGCCAUCUGGGAAAGAAUGGAGUAGCUUAAUUGAAAUCAAGGGGAGAGUUAAACUUAGUGCUUUUCAAGAUUUUCUCGAACAACUUCCCAAAUCUAGGAGCCGCGCUAUAAUGGUAACUGAGCUGUGCUGGAAGGAGUGUUCGUCGGAGAGUGGCCGCCAACAACUCUCGCAGACAAUUGAUUCAUAUAUUGCAGAUGAGAGAGUGGGACUAGCUGAGCCUGCAGAUGGACUGGAGCUGUACCUGUGUCCCCCUCAAGGGAAAACUGUGGAGAUUCUCUCCCAGCACCUGCCAAAGGAGCACUUGGGUGGUCUCGCUGUGGCAGAAACAUCGAUAAUUGGAAUCGUCGUCUGGCGGAGACCCAGCGUUCCUAGGGUGUCCUCCCAUCAGAGGCAUGAUGGUUCCAAGAGGCAGUCAGCCCCAAGGAAACCCCAGGUUACCGGUUCUACUUCGGCCCAUAGGCCCUCUGCGCCCCAGAACUCUCACGGCGUGCCACCAGGUUUUCCCAACCAGCAGCAUCACCAGCACCAAGAGGAGGAUGUAACUGAUGACGAUGUGCCCCCGGGCUUUGGGCCUGGCGUUGUUGCGCGCAGGGACGAAGACGAUCUUCCUGAAUUUAAUUUUGUUAACCCCGCUGCUAAUGUAACGACGCAUGCCUUCAAGGGCCAACGGCAUGUAGCACCGACCUCUGCUCGCCCAGUCGAGCAAAUGAGGGAAUUGGUUCAGAAGUAUGGUAAAAGAUCAUCUGUUGAAUCGCGUCCUUGGGCUGACGACGACGACGAUGAUAUACCAGAGUGGAACCCCAUCCAGCAAAGUAGGCAGCCGCUGUCAUUUACACCCACCCCGCAGCAACCACUCCCACCACCACCACCACUACCGCCCAUGCAGCAGAUCCACCAUGCGUACCAGCAGUACAACCCAAAUGCAAUGCAGCCUCUCCUUCCCCAGGUUGCAAUGCAGUACAGCCUUAGUAGCCAGCAGCAGCUCCCUUUGGUCCAGCAGCAGCUUCAGCCUUCGCAACCAUGGCAGCAGCAGCAGCCUAGUGCCUGGUGGCCGGCGACGGCGCAGCAGGGUGGGUCGGCCGCCGCCGGCUCUGCUGUUCCAGCGCCCCAGUAUGGUGGUGUGAUAAUGCCUAAUGGUAGCAGCGCCCAAGCUGGGAACCUAGGUGGCGCCCCCUGGGGACCGAGAUAG